UCUGCACGCGUCAUUCACGAUAGCUUCGAGACUCCGUUGACCGAGCGGCAGCCGCCAUGCAAGCGCACCACGAAACCACUGUAGUCCAUUUCGACGCCGACGGCUGCCAUGGCUCCAGCUCCAGCAGCGGAGGCAGUAGCCCGUACUCCCUCUCCGGCCCCUCCCUCGACAGCGACGACGGCUCCACCAGCACCGACGAGUACUGCCCGGACGAUCCACUCGAGUUCCGGCGCCACGUCUCUAUUUUCUCCCCAUCCGUGCUGGCCGAGGUUGAUCCCAGCAGCUUCCGGCCGAUCUCUCAGUCCCUCUCCCAGCAGCUUCCGGACGUCGACAAACACCUGCAGCGCAUGGUCCUCCUCCUUCCAGCCUUCUCAGCUUCCGCUGCCUCCGCGGCGCGCACGGACGCGCUGCAAACAUGGCUCGCCGACUUCAACGUCGGCUGGGUGCUGGACAUGGACGACCACGGGAGCCUCCCGCGGAGGGAGGUCGGGAGGAGGGUCAGUGAGUGGGCGCAUGCGCUAGGCACCAUGGAUCGUGUCUUCCGCCACCGGCACCGGGCGGUCCGCAGCCCGGUCAACGAAGCAGCCGUGGCGGAGCUGGCCGCGCUGGGCCGCCUCGCGGGGGAGAGCGCCGGCGCGAUGCUGAGGCUGGCCGGCUCCGUGGUGGCGCUCGGGAGCUCCCCGUCGAAGCUGCUCGCGGCGCUCGACGUGCACGCCCCUGUCUCGGAGACCUACCCGGGCCUCGCGAGGACGUUCUCAUGGCCGCCCUCCCACCCAGUCUCGGUCGCGUCCGACGCAGCGCUCGCCGGCCUGCUGGACGCGUCCCGGCGGUGCGUGUGUGACCUCAGCGCGUUCAUCCGCUCGCCCCAGUACCCGUGGCGGAUGCCGCAGGGCGGCGAGGUGCACCCCUGUGUCGGCUUCUGGAUGGGCUACUUCCGAGGCAUGUUGCGCAACCGCGUCUCCCUCUACUUCGUCCUUGCCGGAGCUCAUCUCGACGAGGAGCGAACGACGCCACUCCCGCCCGACGAGGGCGGCCUGGUGAUGGAGCUUAUCUCGUGCCUGGAGGCCGUGCUCGAGGAGAAGUCCGGCGCGUUGGCGUUCCCCGGGCUGAGCCAGAUCUUCAUGCUCAACAACACGAGCGCCUUGGUGCGCCGCGCCGUCCGCUCCGACCUCAGCAUGUUCCUGCCGCCCGGCUGGGUCCUCGCCCGCGAGGAGCGCAUGGAUGGCUACCUCAAAGGUUACCUCGAGGUUUCAUGGGCGCCCGUGGUGGCGCGCCUUGCCGGAAAGCCGGGAGCCUUGACCGUUCUCCGGCGAAGGAACCCGCUGAGCCCAUUUUACUCGGCGUUUGAGAACGUGUGCAGCAUGCAUAGAGGUUGGAAGGUGCCCAGCCCGGCGCUCCGGUCCAUCCUCCGGAGCACCGUGUCGGAGAGUGUUCUGCCGGCAUACCGCCGGUAUGUGGAUGAUCACCCGGAGGUUGAGAUACCCGCAGGGCGCAGCGUGGAGGAGCUGGAGCAUCAGUUGUCAGAGUUGUUCGAAGGAUAGAAGACCAAAUAUGCCCUUGCGCUGCUUUCUCUGUAACUAAAAUUUUGAACCUGAUACUCCUGCCACCUGUCCAUUUGUUUACCGGAUUCAGAGUUUUUCAUGUAUAUGUUAUACAACUAUGUAACUAUUCGAUCUUGCAGCAAAAAUACUGGUGAAGGAUAGACGGAAAGUUGCGUUGCACU